GCGGUGAGUGGGCAGCUCGCUGCCUCCGGUCUGCCAGGUCUCCCGCCCACCGCGUAGUGGCGGGCGCGGAGGGGGAAGGCUCCGGCUCCCGGGGAGGAGGAACAGCGGAGGCUGCGGCUCCGGCUGGAUUUCAGUCAGGGAAGAUACUCUUUUUGCAGGCAGGGGGACGGGGUAGCGCAGUGGUGUUCAUGCGAGUCUCUGUUCCCCCGGAAAGCUUUGGAGCAAAGCGAGGAGGAAUUUCAGCAAGCUGGAGCCAAGUAACAUCUGAGUCUAAACACACAACGUGCUUCCUUCCUUUUACGUUUUCUCUUGCAGAUGGGGCUCAGCUGAAGCGAAGCCCUCCUCUUCAUCGCGAUUGUUAACACCGCCGCACCAGCAUCGGGCUGAAGCAGUUCUGGUUAGCAGCGAGAAGUUGUGCUCUCUUCUCUCUAUCGGCAACUGGUUGAUGCCUCUUCAGCAUAUCUCUUUCUUUCCUGAACUGAAGCAGUCAGUUAAGUUACUCUUUUAAGCUUAUAGCUGUUUAUCGAAGCGUUGGUAUUCAAGGUGGCUAAGUCCCAUGAUUUCCCUGAGGGUCAUAUUGGCUACGGGAGAACUCUGCUGCGUGUGGGACGGGUGAAUCAGCCCCUAAGACUCUGGAGACUCAUCGUGUCCAAAUACUCUUUUUAAAAGCAGGAGGAAAGUUUCUCUAUGGAAGCAGCUGCCUGUUGGGGAAGUUCCCAUGGGAGCAGAUGCAGAGUGUGUAUGCAAGAUGGCAAAACCUGAAAGCUAGCAGGAAGAUCACAAGUGCCUCCAAGUCUUAAGUUGUAAAGAAGUGGGGAAAUAAGUGAUUUAUGGCGUCUUGACUGAGGCGAUUGGCGAGACAUUAUUUUCAUAUGUACUUUGAGUACUGCUAAAUGAUGGCUUUAGCAAUUACCUAGGGGAGUUGCAUGAGCAGGGAAAUACAGCAGCCGAAGUGACAGUGGCAAAUAAUUGAGGUGCUUCUCCUUCACUGCUUCCUCGGACCUACAUUUGAAAGCUUACAAGCAGAGGCAUUUAGAGGAUUUUGGAUUGUUGCUGAUAAUUUCUGGAUGGAAGACAGCAGGGAGUGGAAAUAGUCUUUCUUAUAGCUUCUUUGUGCCAUUAAUGCUCUUCUCCUGGGUUUGUUUUAAUCGUUAGUUCAUGGGCAUACCAUGAUUACUGCCUUUCAGUAAAGGUGUGAUCUGUCCUCCCAAGAGAGGCUUGGGAAAGUUCUCAUAAACAUUCUUUGGCUGAUUUGUGAUUUUUGUGCUAACUGCUGCUGGGCCUGGAAGAAGAAUGCAAUAAGAUGGCUCAUUUGGAAAUAUAACUUGAGACCUCUAUGAAGCAAUCCACACCACUGACUCCAAGAGACUUGUGAGGAAAGCCUCUUUUCUUUUUUCCACCAUCCUCAGUAUAACUUGAGCUGGAGUACAGGAUCUUGAUUCAUCUUUGUACAUUAACAUUAAGGUCUACCAGUCAUGAAACGAAUUCUUCUGUGUUUUAUCCUGGCUGCUGCUGUUAUGUAUGGUAUACUGCAUGGAAAUCUGUGGAGAAACAACCUCUACUGGAUUAGCUUUUAUGGACAGACUUCCUCUGUGAGGGCUCCUCCUUCCUAUGAGUCUAGUGGAGUUACCCAGUUGCCACCUACAGCAGUGGAGAGAAGGAAUGCACUGGAUACUUGUCUUCUGAAACCAGCAUUUGAAUCUUUACUGGGUUCUGACAAAAUAUACCCGUUCCUGUGUGCCAAUGAUUUUAUCAGAGUGGCGGAGUUCCACGGGAGUGAUAAGUUUGAACUACCUUACGGAAUAAAGAGAGCAGAGCAGUUUUUUCGUUUAGCCCUCUCGAGACUGCAGAACUGUGGACUCUCCAAUGAAGAGGAUAGCAUUGCCUGCCGACGAUGUGUUGUGGUUGGUAACGGAGGAGUUCUUCGAAAUAAGACCUUAGGGGAGAAAAUUGACUCCUAUGAUGUGAUAAUAAGAAUGAACAAUGGCCCUGUUAUAGGGUAUGAAGAGGAUGUUGGGAGGAGGACCACCUUCCGUCUGUCUUACCCUGAAUCUAUCUUCUCAGAUCCCAUCCACUAUGACCCUAACACAACUGUUGUUAUUAUAGUCUUCAAACCACGUGACUUGAAGUGGCUUUGGGAGAUACUAAGUGGUCAGAAAAUAAGUGCUAAAGGCUUUUGGAAGAAACCAGCUUUGAACAUGAUAUACAAAUCUAGUCAAAUCAGGAUUCUUGAUCCCAGCAUCACCAGAAAGACUGCUUAUGAAUGGCUUCAUUUCCCAACAAGGUUUCCCAAGAAAGAGAAACCCAAGCAUCCAACCACAGGGCUCAUUGCCAUCACCCUAGCAUUUCAUAUGUGCCAUGAAGUUCACCUGGCAGGCUUCAAGUAUGACUUCACUGACAGAAACAGUUCUUUGCACUACUAUGGCAACGACACAAUGUCUCAGAUGAUGCAGAAUGAAUACCACAACAUCAAUGCUGAGCAGAAAUUUUUGAAGAAGCUUAUAGACAAGAACUUUGUGGUCAAUUUGACAUGAAAACUGAGUGGGAAAUGCAAAGAACAAUCUCUAUUUUCAAGAUCUGAAGUUGAAAAAAGAUUUUUGUAAUGACUUUUUUUCAAGCUCAACGUAACUGUUUACUGUGGAAAAGGAGCAUGGAAACUUCACCAAGGCAGAAGUGUCUCCUGAGCCUGAGGGUAAUGGACUAUUGCAAACAGUUAACUGAAUUUCUGUGAAGCUAUUUAAUAAUGGGAAAACCAUGAAACUUUCAGCUGAAAGUAUCAGGGAUAUAUAAAAAUGUGAUGCACAUCACUUAUUUAUCAGCAAGAACUCUCUCCAAAUGAUCGAUUCUCUGGAAUACUUUUGUUUCUAAUAGAAGAACAAAAGACUUACACUGUCAAGAGACUGAGAUGACCAGUGUUUAAUUUAGUAGAUGGAUGUAAAGUCUUGAAUGUCUGUCUUGAAGUAUGAAAAUGGCUUUAAAAUGAUACCUAUAAGUCAUUACUGUCUGUUUUGGAGAAGGGGGAGCAUACAGCAAUUACAGGCUGGGUCUGCCCUGCCUGGGAGGAGUACACAUCCAUCUUCAGGAAAGAAGCUGCAGCUUCUGCACUGGCCAUGGACUCUGAACUGUUGCCUGCUUUUGCCGGAGGUGAAGAGCCUUUGGUCUGAUCUGUGGAGGUGCUGGUAUUGACAUGGUUUGUGUUAUGCCCAGGUUAUGGAAAUCCAUACUCCCCAUGCUGCAUGUCCAAUGCAUUUUACAGUUGGUGACUUGACUGGGAAAAGACAGAAGAGUUGUCCCAGCUGCGUGUCAGUUGCUCCCACCAGACCACAGCAGAAGUGUGAGCUGGGACAGAGAUGUUCAAGGCUGAGUUUAAAUUUAGAGCCAAUGCUUGCUGGAUUCCUAGAUCUCCAGAAUGGGAUCUCUCAUGUAUCUUUCUGUUUGUUCCCCAAGAAUUGAGGUGUAUUUGUCCGGCCCAGCACAAUCUCCCUCCCUUGAAAUGCAUUGCUAAGUAAUGAAUGUUCCUGGUUUUGGCAGAGGAGUGUGUCAGGGACUACACAAGAUGUACCUCAGUUGAAUUAUCAUUUGGCUUCUGUUUACUUCUUCCUGUCUUGACAUUUUGGUUUAAAGGAUGUGGCUGAAAGAAAUAAUUUACCGAUGGGGACUUACUUGAGGUUUUAACUGAAGCAUUUAAUGGGACAUUUGUUUCCUGUAUUGGUCUGUCCCAGACAAGCCUGCUGAUUAAGUUAAAUCUGUCUGGGAAUGCUCUUGACAACUGCUAGAGAAGAACAAGUAGUGUGCUGUUCCAGUUCUCUCAUAGGAUGUAUAUAUUUAUGUUCAUUUUUUAAAAUGGUGAUAGAUUUGCUUGAAGAACUUUUGGUUACAUUGAUCAAUCACACCUAUAGAAAGAACAAAAGUCUACUUCCCAAACAAACAACCCCCCCAAACCCAAAACAAACCAAAAGCCAAACCAACAAAGAGUCUUUGAAGUUGGUGGAAAAACCUUUGCUGCUUUUUAAAUAAAACUGUGUAGGGUUUUGUACAUUUAGGAGCAGUGGAAACAAUUCCAGUAUGAACACAAAACUCUAGCAGGUCAAGAGCACAGUGUUUGUGUUUUCAGAAGCUGAGCAUUGAACACAAUUUCUUUGCUGCCCCACUCUAGAGUAAUGAGCAUUGAAGUGACCAAAGAGUCCUCUUUCUUUUCCCUGCUUAUCUUGCUAAGUGCAACUUCCCACAUUUCUCAUCUCCAUCUUUAGCUCUAUGGCUCUGCCAUUUGGGAAUUGGUGAGGGUGGUGUGCUUUUUGGAGAGGAGCCACGACUUAAGGGGAAGAAGCUCGUGUUUUAAUUUAGUGACUCCUGAGCUCUUUGGUGUUUCAAGCAAAUCAGGCAUAUCUGAGGUAACUCCAGGUGUCAUAAAAAUCUGUGAUGCAGAUGAGGAAGGACCCAGAUAUGUCCUCAGCAAGGGACGAACAGUGCCACAGUGUUCUGCUAUCUGGAUGUAUGUCCCUCAGACAUGCUGCUGCAGGGAGUUGCCCCUUGUCCAGCCACGUUCAGAGUGGUGGGCAAGAGCAUGGAGGAGAGGGGUAUGCAGGAGGUCCUGGGUACUGGAGCAGGUGACUGUAGUGGUGUUGGUGAUGGGGAAAAUGAGAAUUACUUCACCAGGUGGCAGAAGGGCUCUUACUGAGUCCUCUGGGUCCUGUCUUGUCCUCUCUGUGUGUGUCCCAUUGUGGUUUUUUUGUCUGUUUGUUUUGGUUUUGUCUUUUUUUUUUUUUGAUGGAUUGUUGUGGGUGGGUUUUUCCCCUUCCUUAUUUUUCAAGGAUCUACGUUUCUGAGGCUCUGAGGAGGUCUUUGUUUUAAAAUCUGAAUACCAACAAGUGGAGUCUCCUUCAGGAAACAGUCACACUGCUGUCUUUCUCUUUACUGGCAUUUAUUUCUCAUUACUAUUUCAGUUAAUUAAAGGCAUGUCUGUGACCCUGCGUCCACAGAGCUGCAGUGUUUCAAACUACUGACAAUAGCAAUUCCAUGUGGGAAAAUGCUGAGGUAAGGCUGUUUGCAAAGCUGGUGAUGCUGUCUGAGUGCUCUUUAUGGGGCAUCUUUGGUAGAUCUCGCAGCUGAAACAGAGCCAGGCAGAAACAGCUGCCUCUUCUCCCUCAAAACCUAGAGCUGAUCCUAGAGCCAGGUGCUCCCAGUGCUCUCCCACAGGCUGCCUCUGCAGAUCUAGGCAGGUCCACGUAACAUGACACAGUAUGCUGGUCAUGAAGAUUGUGUCCAGGAGAGCUUUUGAAUUUGCCCUCUCCUUAAAGUGCCUGCUUCUUGUCAUGGUGCAGGCUGCUUCCCUCUGCCUCUCCAUCCCUGUCCUCAGUGACAGGAGGUGGGUCCUUAUCUCCUUAGCUUUGCUUUUGAGAAGAUGUCUUUAUUUUCUCUCCUGUAUUUCCUCUCCAGAGAUGCUUUCUGCUAAUCUGAUUUCCUUCUCCUAAUUUUCCUAGGAGGUUUUCUGCAUAGUUUUUUUUAAAUUUUAAAGGACAGUGACAUAGUUCUGCUAUAGUUAGAAUCCAAACAGAAUAACUGGAAAAAAGGCUACACGGAAAAAAAUGGUGUCUCCCACAUCAGCUUUUUUUUAGUCUCCCUAAGAUAUUUAUUUAAAUAACACAUUUGGUAUUCUUGGUGCAUUUAAUGUGGUGUCUGCAAGCACUUAUUGGCUGCUCUUUUUUUAUUUCUUUUCAAUCAGCCUUGGCAUUUGUGUGACAGACUUAUUUUUGAAACUAAGCAGCACUCCCAGGGUUAUUUUUCUCACACUUUUGUGCUCCUUUUCUUGCUGUAUGAGUUACAAAGUCAGAUGGUUUUGUCCCUUCUUCUAGCAGCCUGCUGAAUUUCAGGAUAACAGCCUGUCGAAGCCAAGGUGCUCCUGUGUUUUAUAUGCCACCCCCUUCAAAAUGCUGCACCAUCAGAAAGACCCACAUUCAAGGUACCCAAGCACACAAACCACAGGUGGGGGGUGAUAUGUGUCAGCUGAAAGCUCUGCUUGGCUCAGACUUUUAGGGGUGUUUUUGUUUGUUUCCUGUCAGGAAGGUUUUUUUUUUUCCUCUGCUGUAAUAAUUAAGGAAAGUACAGAGAUACACCUUAAGAAGGAAGGCCCCAAUUUAUUGCACUAAAUAUGGAUCUGAGAGUGCCUAAAAGGUAUGACUAAAUGACAUUGCCAGUGGCUGUAUUGGUGAUAAUAAAGAAUCACAACUCUGGUCUUUAAUACUCAAUAGAUGGUCCCUUUUGUUCCCUGUGCCACACUUUUUAACAGUGCCCUGACAGGUAGUACAAGUACCUUAACUUCUGUGUGGAGUCUGAUUUUUAUUUGUUUUAAAGAACAUAGGAAGCUCAACAUCUGUUUUUGGUAUUGGUAAAUACUUAUUUGCCAUUUGUCUUAAGUUUUAUAUGUCUUUGAAGUGCCAGCUCUAUUUGGAAGACAUCCUUGCAGUUGUUCCGAGCAGCAUUUUGAGUGCUACAAAUGGAAAAAGAUUCUUUUCCUGUGAAUAAAAGCUGUAUUAGGAAA